UAUAAAUCCUUCAAAUUAAAGUAAAUCUUUAAUGGUUUUUGUGCAAAUUCAUGUGCGUUAUUGUUCAUCACAUCAUAAGUGAUGAUUGACAUCAUUUUGACAUAAAUCGCAUGUUUAAAAUAACGAUUAUGAAGCGAGUGCACUGAAUGCACCCAAAAAAGUGAGUGCACUGAAGACGCCACCAUAUAUAUAUAUAUAUAUAUAUUAUUAUAUUAUAUUAUAUUCCAGAAGCCAAGACUGGAUGGUCUAGGGCUGUUAAUGAUUCGAGUCAAGUUUUGUCAUAGUUCGAGCUCGGCUUGAGCUUUGCUUGUGUUCGUCACGAGCUUUAUUAUACAAGUUUGAACUCGGGUCGUUUAUGAAAAUCAAAGUUUGAGCUCGGCUCGUCAAAUAAGUUUAACGAACCCAAAAUCGAGUUAAGCUCAUAAAAUGUUCAUAGUAGUUCAAGAUUGACCUUAGAAUUGGGCAUAAAAUUACAUUCAAACUUGUAGCAAAGUCUGGCAAAAUAAAACACUGCAUGUUUAACCCAAUUUCAAUAGAUAAAAUCAAUGAAUGAUAAUCAUUUCUUAUGUCAAACCGUCAAAUGAGCUUGUUCGCGAGUUUUCGAACUGAACAUGGUAUGGCUAGAGUUCGGCUCGUUUAGUUAACGAGAUUGUUCGCGAGUCGGCUUGAUUAAAGACGAAUCGAGUGUCGAACGAGUUUUUCUCGAGUAGGACGCUGAGUAGUUCAUUAGCGGCUUGGUUCAUUAGAUGGCUUUUCUUGUUCGUGUGGAAAUUUGUCUAGGGUUCGGUACAAAUUUAUAUAACACAUCUAAUAUUCAAAUUUGCUGGUGUAGAAUUGACUGAAAAUCACUGAAACGGAUGUAUCAUGAUUAAUUAUACGGCCCGCGCUACUCCCACGAUAAGAAACCAAUAAUUUGGUUAACAUCAAAUAAUUCACGAAAUUAAAUAUUUGUAGUGAUCAAACACGAACAUUUUUAAUAAUCAUAUGUAGACCAAACUUAUAAUUUACCCGAUUUUUAAAUACAUGAACAACAAAUGACUUUUUUCAUAUAUCCAAACUAAAUGAGGCUAAAACAAUUGGAUCAUUAACGCUCAAUCCACUUGUUCGACCCGGUGAAUGGCUAAACCGGUCGCACCGCCGUGAUCACUACUCCAAAGUCCUAACCCCAAAGCAGGCCAGCAGGAGAACACUCGUCCCGUUGCCCAAAAACAAGCUUUUCCUCUCUGCCCGCUCUCCACUUCACAAAUAGACACGGAAAACGCAAAAGAGAAAGAACAAUACGACCAGCAGUUCAGCACAGCUUCGGCUUAGGGUUACAAUCACAACAGUGCUCUUCCGUCCCGAUUCUCGAAUCCCUCUCGUCGGUUCAUUCUGAAUUGAUCUCCAACUCUGCCGCCGGAGGAACUUUUCUUCUCCAUAUUCAGAUGGCAGCUAGAAAGCUUGUCCGCGACCUGCUCCUGGCCAGGCAGCCACUCCUCGUCCAACGCAAGCCCGCUGAGGGUUUAUAUACGACGUCAAGGUUGCUGGUGGACAGUAGGUGGUCGGGUUACCGGAGGUUUGGUGUCUUCAAUAAUGUUAAAGAAGAAGUUAAUAGAAAUCCAGAGCUUCAGAAGUCAGUUAAGGAAUUGAAGGAGAAAGCUAAGGAAUUGAAGGAGAAAGCUGGGGAACUUAAAGGCGUUAAAGAUGACCUGAGAGUUAGAACGAAGCAGACCACUGAGAAGCUGUACAAGCAUGUUGAUGGCGUCUGGACAGAGGCUGAAGCAACUGCUAAGAAGGUUUCCUCAAGCGUCAAGGAAAAGAUUUCUGCUGCUACGGAUGAGGUGAAAGGAGCUUUCAAGAUGGGGAAGCAAGAGUCUGCUGAGUCCACCGGCACUUCGUCUAAAGAUGGUCCUGAUACAAAAGAAAACACUACCGGUGAAACUGGUGGAGAAACAAACAAAGGUUCCGAGACAAAGGGAUCGGCAGAAACAUUGUUUGGAAAAUUUAAGUCAAGAAUCCCUGCUUUUUCAUCGGCUUUCCAAAAAUUGAAGGAGGCAAAGGUCACUGAAAUAAUGAAGAAGGGAUAUGACAUUGUGAAGGAUGAGUUAAAUGGUAAUCCAAAUGCAAGAAAGCACCUCGAGUUUACCCCUUUUAAAGGGGAAAUAAGCACAAAAACUGAUGUUGUUCCAAUGUCGAGUCCAAAGCAGUCUCGCUUGAAUGAAAAGUGGCAGGCUUUCAGAAAAAAGAUGCAAGGCAAUCCUGUUUUCAAGCGUUUCUCUGGGAUUAGUGAACCUGUUGUGACGAAGAGUCAAGAGCUUGCAGAAGACAUGCGGGAAAGAUGGGAGACGAGUGAUAAUCCCAUUGUUCACAAAAUCCAAGAUGUUGGUGAUACCAUCUUUCACGAAACAGAUGCUGCAGCAUCUAUCAAGGAAAUACGCCGGCGUGAUCCAUCAUUCUCUUUGCCAGACUUUGUGUCGGAGGUUCAAGAUGCCAUAAGACCUGUCCUUACAGCUUACAUGAAGGGAGACACUGAAGCUUUGAGGAAGUAUUGCAGCCCAGAAGUAAUUGCUAGGUGCGAAGGAGAGCGUAAAGCUUUCACGAGCAAUGGCAUCUUCUUCGAUAAUAGGCUUCUUCAUGUGUCUGAGGUGGAAGUACGAGAGACCAAAAUGAUGGGAACAUCUCCGAUAAUAAUUGUAGCGUUUCAAACGCAGCAGAUCCAUUGCAUACGGGAUCGUAAUGGUGAAAUAACUGAAGGAGGCCAGGAUACAAUCCACACUGUGUAUUAUGCAUGGGCAAUGCAACAAGUAGAGCCACAAGAAUUGGGAGAAGGUGCUAUCUACCCAAUAUGGAGGUUAAGGGAAAUGCACCAGCUUGGUGUCCAAGCUCUUAUCUAAAAUCUCAAACCCUAUUUGAUUGCUUUCUUGAUAUGAACACACACAUACAUGGGUCAAAACACCGGAGGACUCGGGUGUAGUUUUGAUCAAUCAUCAAUUUGUUUGUUACCUUUCUUAUAGACUUUUAGUUCGCCUAGAUAACGAGAUCCUAGAUCUUGAAUGCCAUUUUUCCUUGCGGAUGUUGAGCUCUCAUUCUGUUGUGUUUCUGCUUUUAGGAUUUCUUAGAAUGAUACAGAUUCCAUUGUGUACCGAGACAUUAGACUUUCGUCCAAAAAUAAUGGAGUUACGUAUAAUAAUGAUUCAAAGAUUGA